UUGAAAGCGCACCGAAAAGCCCGGGGUUUGGAGAAGCAUGGAGGAAAAGUAGGGCAGACGACAGAGCCAGUUUAAUGUCGUUUCCAGAUAACUAAUGUGGAGAAAAUUGCUGCUGAGGGGCACCACCUGUCUCUUGCAGGUGGCAGCCCCAAGAUUUCUGCACCAAAGACCCUUCCCACCCUUUUCCUGUGUGAGACUUCUUACCCAGAGACUCCUUCAUAGACCUCCACAGCUUCUUGAUAAAGGCUACUUCCUGGCACACAGUGGAACCAGGGCUUAUAAAAAGGAUGCCAAGUCUACUUUAGAGAUUCCUACAACUCCUGUCACUAUCACAGACAUAAAACAGUACCUGCGCUCUAAAGAAAUUCCCUUCCACGAUGGCUACAGCUGCCUCCACACCCCGAGCAUCUUUAUCAAUCCGUCCGACAGGAAAGACAGCUACUCCUUGUUCAUCGACAAAACCACCGGGCAGUUUGUGUGUAAAGACACGCUGGUGGAAGGGAGCUGGGAGGAUAUCCAGGACUGCCUGGAGGUGAUGCAGAAGCAGGAGCAGGACUUCCUCAGCCCUCAUGUGCUGCUGGGAUACCCAGAGAGUAUGGAGGAGCAGGAGGAGAGGGAGAGCGAGCUGAGGGAGGUGCAGAGGAUCUGGUCCAGCUCUGUGCCGCUCACUGACGUCCCUGAGGAAGAGGCUCUGCUGGUUAAAACCAUGUUCCAGAUCUCAAAGGUCUCCAAUGCAACACUCAAGAAGUUUGGCGUGAGACUCUUUAAACCCACCAAGAGUCUUGUUUUCCCCUGGUUUGGGGGCCCCGACUCCUCCCUGAAGGGCGUGAAGCUCCUCUCCGCCCAAAGCACAGACAAUAACAAAGUCAUUUAUAAAGAAGCCACAGUCCCAAAGUGUAAUUCUUUCUACAGCCUGUUCGGCCUCCCCCUGGUGGGCCGUAUGGACGCGGAGGUGGUGCUCACCGGUUCUGAGCUGGACACACUCGCUGUGAGCCAGGCCACAGGACUCCCCAGUGUGGCUCUUCCACGGGGGGUCAGCUGCCUCCCACCCAUCUUGCUGCCUUACCUGGAACAGUUCAAGAGAGUGACGCUGUGGCUGGGAGACGACAUUCGCUCCUGGGAGGCGUCGAAGAUCUUCUCUCGUAAGCUGGGUCUGAGGCGCUGCUCGCUGGUGCGGCCCGGGGAGUACAGACCCUGUCCCAUGGAGGCGCUGGCUCAGGGGAAGAACCUGGGACACAUCAUCAAAUCCUCCAUCCCAGCAGCACAUAAGUCCAUCGUGUCCUUCAAGCAGCUCAGAGAGGACGUGUACGGGGAGCUGUCGAACACAGAGCAGGUGGCCGGAGUGAAGUGGUCCAGGUUUCCCGAGCUCAACAGGAUCCUGAAGGGACACCGCAAGGGGGAGCUGACUGUUUUCACAGGUCCCACUGGCAGUGGGAAGACCACCUUUAUCAGCGAGGUUGCUCUGGACCUCUGCAUGCAGGGCGUCAACACGCUGUGGGGCAGCUUUGAGAUCAACAACGUGCGUCUGGCCAAGGUCAUGCUCACUCAGUUUGCCAUGCAGAGGCUGGAGAACAACCUGGAGCAGUACGACUUCUGGGCAGACAAGUUCGAAGAGCUGCCUCUCUACUUUAUGACUUUCCACGGGCAGCAGAACAUCAAGGCGGUGCUGGACACAAUGCAACAUAGCGUCUACCUGUAUGAUAUCAACCACGUCAUCAUCGACAACCUGCAGUUCAUGAUGGGGCAGGAAAACCUCUCAGUAGACAAGUUUGCUGUCCAGGACCACAUUAUUGGAGCCUUCAGGAAGUUUGCCACCAACAGCAGCUGCCACGUCACGCUGGUCAUUCACCCGAGGAAAGAGGAGGACGACCGGGAUCUGCAAACAGCAUCCAUCUUCGGAUCAGCAAAGGCCAGCCAAGAGGCCGACAACGUCCUGAUCCUGCAGGAGAAGAAGCUAGUGACGUGUCCCGGCCGCAGGUCCCUGCAGGUCACCAAGAACCGCUUCGACGGAGACGUGGGCAUCUUCCCUCUGGAUUUCCUCAAGUCUUCGCUGACUUUCGAAGCUCCCAUCCAAGGCAAGCACAAACUGAGGAAGGUCGCCUCCAAGCCGGAAAACGAGGGGGACGAGGGAAAUAAGGUGGAGGUAAAGAAGGUAGAGGUUAAAAAAGAGAAAGCGGCCAAAAUAGCAAAGGCUCCACGAACUGUAACCGGAAAAGAAAGCGUGCAGCAGUAACAAUUAUAUAGUAUACUUGUAAGGCAGAAGAGAUUACUGGGAUCGAUAAAGUGUUAGAUAGCAAGGAUGUUUGACAGUUUUAUGUCAAUAACGAAAGGUUCAACUAAGCUGAAUAGUAAGUAUGUUGGAGCAAUGCAAAAUGAGCUUGUAAUUCACAAUGAAACAAAUAAUACUGUAAUAUUUCAUUAUGGAGCAAAGUAUGAAGUAUGUUCUGAGCAGAAUGUGAAACAAUGAUGGGAAAGUGUUGGCACAGUAUAAGCUUUUCUACUACUGUAUAUUAAGACAAAGUUCUCUGUUCAAAGUGUUUAUGAAAUACAUCAUGACUCGUUCAAUUUCACAAAAAAUGCCGUUUUCAUGGUAAUGUCCAGUAUUUCACGGUAGAACACUAUCACUCUGUCUGCGUGCCAGGCUGAUACAAGCACUUGCACAUUGCCUUAGUGUGCUCUCUACUGACAUUUUGUCCAAGGAGGAUUUAUUGUAUGAGCUACUUUUUUUUAAAAUAAAAUGCUUGAAUGCUAAAA